AUGAAUUUUCCUGCUAUCAUUCCUUCCAUCGAGUCCGGCCGAUACCUCGAAGCCUUCACCUCCGCCGACGCAAACCGGCUCGUCUUCAAACUCACCGAUUCCGACUCACUCGGCGACCACGACGCCGACCGAGUCUACUCCGAGUUGCUCCGCCGCGUGGAGUCGUUCAUAUGCGAAGAAGCUGAGGAUAAUGGGAAGGACCAGGCCUAUAGAGUCGUCGUCAUACUCUGCAUUGCCGUAGCUGCCUUACUUGCUUUCACUCAGUCUAACCUAACCGGACCUUUGGAGGGGCUGCCAAGGUGUCCGUUGCCAAUGGAAGUGCCCUUAUGCAAUGAAUGGGACAAUUGCGCGCGGAAUCAGCUUAUGGCUGCUGGCUCUGACUUGCUUGGAAAGGUCUAUAAUAUUCAGUAUAUAAUUUAUGCAAAGAUAUUGGUCAUGAAGAUGAAAGAUUUGUUAUUUGAAGGAAGUUUGUCUUGUGCAUAUGGAAUUAGGAGCCUUUCAUGGUGGCUCGCUAGGGUCACCUUUCUCCAUCAGCGCAUUCUCGAUGAGCGGUCUUCAUCUCUGUUCAACCUUUUGCAUGUCUUUACAAGUGAAACUUUGAAUCAUUUUGGCACGUUGGAGAAAGUAACAAGUUAUUGGGGUAACGAUUUGCGUAAUGGCGAGGGAUCGACACUCGUCUCAGUGAUUCAUCUGGAAGCUGGAAUGAUGGAAUACAUCUAUGCACGUGUUGAUUCAUGCAGGUUGCAUUUUGAAUCAGCCGAAGCAGCAGCUGGUGUUAAGCUUUCAGUUACCGGGGUUCUUGGCUUCCGUACCAUACAUCAGGUUGAACCAAAGGCACAAAUGGUACUUUUAGCAAACACAACUUCAUCAAAGAGUGGGGCUCUCUGUUCCUCUGAAAGCCCUGGCCCUCAUAGAUACAAUUCUAUUGGCAGAAAUGAUAUAUCUAAGCAUCCAUCUGAGUCCCAUGAGGCUUCUGAUAUAUUAUUGACUCCAAGAUUGGUAGAGAAUGAGAGCGAGUCUGGAGUUAUAUCAGACGGCAUUCAAGUUGGUGGUACUGCUGCUGACCCUUUGAGUGCAAUCCAGCAGGCAGUGAUCCUGGCUAAAUGCCUUCUAAUUGAGAAGAGCACGCGACAUGAUGACAUGCAGAGAUGGGAAAUGGCUCCAUACAUCGAGGCAAUUGAUUCUUAGCUAUCAUCAUAUUUUAUUAUACUACGAUGCUGUGAUGUCCUACGUAUUCGGUGCUGGGAGUCGAGAUGUAGUCACACAAAGGAACGUGCAUUGAUGAUGAUGGAAACAUUGGUUCAGGGCAUCAACGAUCCCUCUCCAGGAGUGGCAGUCAGGAUUCCUUUCUGCUAUGGGAUUUAUAUCCCUACAGUUUCAGCCUUGCGGAAGGAAUACGGUGAACUUUGUGUCCGCUGUGGUCUGAUAGGAGAGGCAGUCAAAAUUUUUGAGGACUUGGAAUUAUGGGAUAAUCUAAUAUUCUGCUAUAGCCUAUUGGAGAAAAAAGCAGCAGCUGUUGAACUGAUCAAGACACGGCUUUCUGAAACACCUAAUGACCCCAGGUUAUGGUGUUCGUUGGGUGACGUUACUGAUGAUGAUGCCUGCUUUGAAAAAGCCCUAGAAGUCUCAAACGAUAGGUCGGCUCGGGCUAAGCGGUCUCUUGCGCGCAGUGCAUACAACAGGGGGGAAUAUAGAACAUCAAAACUUCUGUGGGAGUCUGCAAUGGCCUUGAAUUCUCUGUAUCCUGAUGGCUGGUUCGCCCUAGGGGCUGCUGCAUUAAAGGAUAGGGAUAUUGAGAAGGCACUAGAUGGCUUUACACGGGCUGUUCAGCUAGAUCCUGAAAAUGGGGAGGCAUGGAAUAAUAUCGCCUGUUUGCAUAUGAUAAAAGGGAAGAGAAAAGAAGCUUUCAUUGCAUUUAGAGAAGCACUGAAGUUCAAACGAAACAGCUAUCAACUGUGGGAGAACUACAGCCAUGUUGCUUUAGAUGUUGGCAAUGUUGCUCAGGCUCUAGAAGCUACGCGUAAGGUGUUGGAUCUUACUAAUAAUAAGAGAAUUGAUGCUGAGUUGUUGGAAAGAAUUAUGACAGAGGUGGAAAGCAUGGCUUCACCUACUAAUUCAGCAAUGACUGAUGAUGGAGAUAACUUUCCCGUCAGUGGGACCACAAAUGCAGAAUCUGAUGUGGGAAAAUCUCGGGAAGCUGAGCACUUAGUAGAGUUUCUUGGAAAAGUUCUACAACAGGUGCUUGAGGCCAGUUGUUGCUGAUGUUGCUGUUGUUCCAAAAUGCCACUUGAGUGCUUUAUACAUACAUGAAAAGGGGAAGCUCUUUACCCAACUUGUUGACUUGCUGCAGUUUUAUGAAGGAUUUGAGAUUAAUGAUAAUGUUGGGAAACAAUUGACGGAUGAUGAAGUGCUCCAAUCUCAUUAUGACAAUCUUUUCAGCUGCUUGCUUUUAAAAAGAUGGCUAAUGCAUUUGCAUAGACCUAAAAUUUGAUGUCCUGAA